AUGGGAAGUGCAGUGGAGACACUAUGUGGACAAGCAUAUGGAGCCCAUCGCUACGAUAUGCUUGGUGUCUAUCUCCAAAGAGCAACGAUCGUUCUCGCUAUAGUUGGUUUACCCAUGACAAUACUAUACACAUUCUCGUACCCGAUUUUACUCUUAUUAAGCGAGCCCAAAACAGUGUCGUACAAGGCAUCAUUGUACAUCGCCGGACUCAUCCCUCAGAUCUUCGCCUACGCCAUCAACUUCACAGCCCAAAAGUUUCUCCAGGCCCAAAGUGUGGUGGUCCCUAGCGCGUACAUCUCAGGCGCCGCCCUCCUCCUCCAAAUCUCACUGACGUGGGUCACUGUUAAUAUAAUGGGCCUAGGCCUUAUGGGAAUCGCUUAUGUUCUGACUAUCUCUUGGUGGUUCAUAGUUGUGGCACAGACUAUAUACAUUACAACUAGCCCAAGGUUUAGACACACGUGGACUGGUCUAAGUUGGAGAUCGGUCCAAGGUCUUUGGAGCUUCUUUAAACUCUCUGCUGGCUCAGCUGUUAUGAUCUGUUUGGAAAUGUGGUAUUCUCAGAUUCUAGUUCUUCUUGCCGGUUUGCUCAAAGAUCCUGCUAUAUCUCUAGAUUCUCUCUCCAUCUGUAUGUCAAUUUCAGCAAUAUCCUUCAUGGUAUCGGUCGGCUUCAAUGCGGCUGCAAGUGUACGGACAAGUAAUGAGCUCGGAGCUAGAAAUCCAAAAUCCGCGUUGUUCUCGACAUGGACGGCGACUUCAGUUUCCUUUCUAAUAUCCGUCGUAGAGGCAUUCGCCGUGAUUGCGUCACGUGAUCACAUCAGUUACAUUUUCACGUCCGACGCUGACGUGGCAAUGGCCGUCUCUGACCUUUGUCCCUUUCUCGCCGUCACAAUCAUACUCAAUGGGAUCCAACCCGUCUUGUCCGGAGUGGCAGUGGGAUGUGGAUGGCAGACGUACGUGGCAUAUGUGAAUAUCGGUUGUUACUAUAUUGUUGGUAUUCCUGUUGGUUGUAUUCUCGGUUUUACUUUCGAUUUUCAAGCCAAGGGAAUAUGGACCGGGAUGAUUGGAGGUACAUUCAUGCAAACCCUCAUCUUACUUUAUGUCACGUAUCGAACAGACUGGGAUAAGGAGGUGGAAAAUGCGAGAAAGCGAUUGGAUAUGUGGGACUAUAAAAAGGAGUCUCUUCAAAAUUAA